AUGAGCAGCAGUAAAAAGGAAGAACAAAGUCAGGAAGGGAAAAAGCAAAGUGAAGCAGAAAGCAUAGAGAAAGAAACAAGUAGACUAGAAAAGAGAAUAAAAGACGAAGGAACAAGGGAAAAAAAGGUUAAGCGGAAAGAAGAGAAAAAAGAGCAAACAGGAAAGAGAGCAAGCAGAGUAGAAAUAACAGAAA